AUGAAAAUUUCAGCAACCCUUUUACUUUUGGCCUGUGCUUCAAGUUCGACUUUUGCAUUAAAUGAAAUCGUCAUCAAGGGGUCCAAGUUUUUUGAUUCCGUUACAAAAGACCAAUUCUUUAUCAAAGGUGUGGCCUAUCAACCUCGAGGUGAAAUAUCAGACAACAAUACAAUGGAUCCCUUGGCAGACCCAGCAGCCUGUGCAAGGGAUGCUCCCAUGAUGGCCAAGCUUGGUACAAAUGUUCUCCGUGUUUACGAAGUGGAUCCAAAGAACAAUCAUGACGCUUGUAUGAAGUCAUUUGAGGAUGCAGGCAUUUAUCUCUUACUCGACAUUGCUACACCUCACUUUUCCAUUAAUCGAAAGUCACCGGAAUACGGUGUGAAUCUCUACAACGCUUACAAGAACACCGUAGAUGCCUUUUCCAAAUACAACAAUUUAAUCGCCUUUAUCGCCGGUAACGAAGUCACCAAUGACAAGACCAAUACACCCGCAUCCGCCUUUGUCAAGGCUGCUUUACGUGAUAUCAAGACCUACAUCAAGAGUAAAAACGGCAGAAGUAUACCUGUGGGUUAUGCAAGUAAUGACGAUGAAUAUAUUCGUGACGCUAUUAAAGAUUAUUUCAAUUGUGGUGACCCUGAUGCCCAGGCCGAUUUCUUUGGCGUCAAUCUGUACGAAUGGUGUGGCGUCUCUACAUUUGAAAAAUCAGGCUUCAAAGAUCGCACACAAGAGUUUGAAAAUUACAGCAAACCGGUGUUUCUUUCAGAGUAUGGUUGUAAUUUAGUCACUCCCAGAGGCUUUUCGGAGGUAUCUGCUUUAUAUGGCCCCGAAAUGACGGGUGUCUGGUCAGGUGGUGUCGUCUACGAAUGGACUCAAGAAAAUAACCGUUAUGGAUUGGUGCAGAUUACACCUUCAGGAGAAGUUGAAGUGUUGGCCGAUUACACCAAUCUUCAGAAUGAAAUCAAUAAGACCAAACCUAAAGGUGUUAAAAUGGACGCCUACACAGAAUCAAGAGCUGCACCUGAUUGCCCUGCUAUCACCGGUAACUGGAAGGCCUCCACCGAGUUACCCCCCACACCCUCUGAUGGUGCGUGCGAGUGUAUGGUUCAAAACCUGGAAUGUGUCGCCUCGGAUAAAGUCAGUAUGAUCACAGGAGAAAAAGGCAAUAGCACUAUUGGAUCGCAACUAGACACCAUGUGUGGUCUUGUCUCUUGUGGUGAUAUUGUCAGUGAUGGUGAAAAGGGAUUGUAUGGUGGUUUCUCUUUCUGUUCGCCACGCGAUAAGCUAAGCUGGCUUUACAACUUGAAGGCACGAGAACUCAAGACGUCUACCUCAUGUGGAUUCAACGGACUCGGUCAAGAAGUGGCCCCCAAAAGAUUCGACAUUCAAACAUGUGCCAAAAUCGCCCCUAAUUUGGGAGAGGUUACCGAAAGUGGACCUGGAAAUGGUAAUGCAUUGGCUUCGAGCGCUUCCAGAAUGAUUACGAAUAUAUCGGGUCAUGGUAAUGCAUUUGUGGCGUCGCUUGUAUGUGUAUUAGCCGCCACCUUUUUCAUGUAA